UUACAUAACACUGUUCUUUCUAUGCGCUCCUUCAGUUAUGUAUCAGUUAUGUGCUGGUUUGCUGGGUUACUUCUUACUCCAUGCUUACUCCAGCUAUUGUAGACCAGGUCUUACUCCACGCUUACUCCAUGUAUUAUAGAUCACUUAACUUUUCAAACAGUUUUCUUUCAAUUACGCCUAAUUAUUAGUCUCGUGUCCACGAUGCUAAAAAUCGCUUCGAGACCUCGGACGAAGAAGAAAAAUUGAUUAAUAUGCAUUUGAACAAUUUUCGAUCCAAUUUUAUCUAUGCGAGAGAUCAAUUCUCUCUCGUAAAGCGAUAUGUUUAGCAUCGUAAAGACUUUACAAUGCUUUUUUUUUAAUGACUGAAAUGACGGAGCGCGCGAUCAGGAAGCGAUAUUGAAUGCGCUUCACCUGGCGCGACCUUGACACCGUUUCCAUUGCUUUUUCCGGGCGUGCAUUCGGUGCAUUACCGCAUGCAUGCGUCGAUGCGUCAUCAACAAAUCAGCCGUUCGUGCUCUCAGCUGAUACUCUCACGUGUGACGUAGUCGGACGAGUGAAAACCGGGUGCGCUCCUCCGCACGCUGGAUGCCGCUGUCACUCGGCUGCGUGUUUCUUCUCGUACGGACUGCCGUGAGGAAGAGGAGGACCCGUCUGAGCGUACGUUGACGCGAAGAAGACCACAUUGAGAAACGGAGAAUCGGCGCACCAGGAGCGUAUCAUUGCUAGGGCGACACCGCGUUCGACGCGGCGAUGACGUAACCCGACGGAAAAAAGGAACGCAAACAACCCUCGGCGGGCGCUAGGUUUCAAGGUUAUGUCCGCCGUGGGUACAGUGCCGCGUGGUUAGCGAAAACGCGCUCCUCGUCAUCUCGUCGUCGUUGUUGUUGUUGUUUCACCACCGCGUGUGACGAGAGACAACCAAGGAUGUAAGGAUGUGAUUCCUCGUUGACGCUCCACUUGUGUACACUGACUCAUCUGUCAAUUCAUAGGCGAAUUUGUACGAGGGAGAGGGACGGUGGUGUUGCAGCUUGAAGAAGCAAACAGAAUUUGAUUGAGAAAGAGUGGAAAAAAGGCAGACAGCAAAAUGGUGUUUGAGUCAGUUAUUGCAGAGCUCCUCAACAAAGUGCUCGGCGAGUACAUAGAGAACCUGGACUAUACGCAACUUAAAGUUAGCCUUUGGGGAGGUGAUCUUGUAUUAAAUGACUUAUUGAUAAAAGAGUCUGCGUUGGAUGUGUUGGAUCUUCCAGUGAGACUGGAAUAUGGUCGCUUAGGAAAAUUAAUACUAAAGAUUCCAUUCAAAGAUAUGUGGAAUGGUCAAAUACAUGCGAUAGUUGAGGAAUUGUUUGUACUAGUAGUGCCUACUAGUCAAGUUUCAUACAAUGAGGAAAAAGAAACGAAAGCACAAUUGGAGACGAAACGAGCGGAAUUAGAAAGGGUGGAAAAGAAGAAACAAUUAGCGGAUCUGAAAUCACAAGAAAAGCUGGACGAUUCGAUGGUCGAGAAACUUGUCGCUCGCAUGAUCAAAAAUAUUCACGUGGAGAUCAAGAGAAUUCACGUGCGAUACGAAGAUCACGUCACUUUCAAGAAUCACCCAUUCUCCUUUGGCUUUACUCUGAAUACUUUUGUCGUUGAGAGUUGCACGGACUCUUGGGAGACUACUGGCAAUCUGAAGGACAUGUACGCCAUUCCGCAAAUUUUCAAAUUGUGCAGUCUAGAUGGACUGGCCGUUUAUCUCAACACGAGUGUGGAGCAGUACAGCAAGAGCUCACAGUCCAUAUAUUCCACUCUCUUUUGCAACGGUAUUGCGACCAUGGAUUACACUCCAACGAGCUAUCAGUAUCUGUUAGGUCCGAUCAACGUCAAGUCCAAGCUCAGACUUAAUCCCAAGCCCGAGUCUGAUGGUAGCAACUAUACUAUCCCUAAAAUGUGGCUGGACCUGGAGAUGCAGAAAUUACGGAUUGGCUUAACGAAACGUCAGUACCAGACCCUGGUGCGAUUGGGAGAAGGCUUAGAUCAAGCACGGAAAGCCGCGCCGUACCGGAAGUACCGGCCGAACUUGACGUCGUAUCGCGGCCACUACAAGGAGUGGUGGCGUUUUGCAUACACCUGCGUCCUCGAGGAGACCGUGCGACGGUGUCGUCGCAACUGGGACUGGGACCAUAUGAGGCAGCACCGCGACACUUGCCGUAUUUACGCCGAAGCUUAUCAGACAAAGUUGACGACGAAGAAGUUGGCAAAGGAGAUCGAGGAGCAAUUGACGGACUGCGAAACGCGGUUGGACAUCUUUAAUCUGGUGAUCAUUCGGCAGCAAAUCGAAAUGGAAGUGGAGAGACUAGCCGAGCGGGAGAAGAGCCUGAGAGCGAAACGAGGCUGGUUCGGCUUUCUGUGGAACAGUUCGCAAGUCGAGGAGACCAAGGAGCUCAACUCGGCCGUUGCUAUCAUGCGCAGAUUUGAGGAGGCGAUGACGCCGCAGGAGAAGGAAAAACUAUAUCGGGCGAUUGACUAUCAGGAGAACAGCGCGCCCACACAUUACCCGGAAACGUACGAGAUGAUCGAUACGCGUUUCCUUCUGCACGGCUUGCAGAUCUCUCUACUGGAUACGGACAAGGAGCAUCCAUGCGUCCUGGACUUGCAACUGCAUGGCGUACGGGCGAGUUUCAAGUCGCGGCCGUCGGCAAACGGGAUUCUCGUCAUGGCCUCUAUCAGCGACAUGAAACUGCUGGGCGCGACACAACAGGACGGUCGCGUGCCUUCGCUCUUUAAUCCGGAACACGGCAGCUCGGACAGCGCCUUGGUCGCAGUCUCCUACGAGAAGAAUCCGCUCGACAAGCUGUGCGGAGACCGCAUAGUCGUCAAGUCUCGGUCCGUUGAUAUCAUCUACGACGCGCAGACCAUUGUGGAGCUGGUCAACAUGUUUAAGGUGCAAGACUCUUCAACAUUGAGUCAAUUACAAACAGCCGCAGCGGAACAAUUUGAAGGCCUGAAGGAAAUGUCGGCGCUUGGACUGGAGUAUGCCAUUCAGAAACACUCGGUAUUGGACAUACAAGUGGAUAUGCAGGCGUCGCAGCUUAUCAUACCGCAUGGUGGCCUCUACGAGGAUUCAAAGGCUCUAAUUGUAGUAAACCUAGGUAGUCUGAAGAUGCAUUCUUUGGAGAAGGGCAAAAGCGAGCUGGCUGGCGUUAGACAGUUAGUCAGCAUGGGUAAGAGCGAGGAAGAAGUAUUGCUACAUAUGAGAGAGCACAGUUACGACAAGUUCGUUUUGAAGAUAGUCAACUUUCAGGUGCUGGUUACGCUGCCGAAUGAAGAAUGGCGAUCAGCCUUGGCAAGUACCGAGAGUUCUCUGACAUUGCUUCACCCAACUACCUUGGAAAUUCAAUUCCACAAGUGCUUAGUGACAGAUGAUCCUUUGCUACCGAAAUUACGGCUUCUCGGUCAUCUACCGUCAGUCACCGUGAACGUAACGGACGUUCGACUACUGCAGGCACUCUCGAUCGCGCAGAGUAUCGCUCUGCCUGAGGAAGAGAAGCCCGCAGAGUUACAACGUGUUUCACUUUCAAGAUCUAUCUCGCAGUUGUCGCUGAAAGAUCUGGGCACUACGAUAUCCAGCAUCGCCGAUAAAAGGAAGCAGCAACAAGAAACAACUGCUGCGCAGCCGAUGAAGCAGACCACCGACUUGGAGAUGAAAUUUGAGAUGAAAGAAUUCACACUGUCAGUGUCCAGACAACAAGACAGCGACGCGUUGCCAUCAGAAUUCAUCAGAUUCCAGGUGCUACAGUUGGAGGCAGAAAUGUUACAACGUACGUACGAUCAGGAGGUGCAGCUGCGGCUGGGCGGCGUGCAGAUGCGGCAGUUGUACGAAGGUCAGGAGAUCUUCAUGGUCAACACGCCGAUGUCGGCUGGCAAGGAUGAAUACUUGAUUAUCGUACGAUAUAUAAAUGUGAAUAAACGUUCACCAGAGUUCAUUACGCGCCAUGGUUCUAUUGUGAAGUUGCUGCGCCUGGAAUUCACCUCGCUAGAUACUCUGUUACACCAGGAGGCGCUCAUUGAGUUAUUACGAUUCAGCACGUACAUUCAAGACCGAAUGAACUCACUCGAAGGCGCUCAGAAGAAAGAGCCUGAGCGCCCACGACCGACUCGUUUGACAUCUAUUCAGGAAGAAGCUACCGGCUUUAUCAAGGAGCAGUUGCAGAAGCAAAGAUCCAAACCAGCCAGAAGUCGACGCAGAAGGCAAACCGUUGAAUGCAUCGAUUUGAAGGUGAACGCAAAGGUCGGCUCGAUCAACCUGAAGAUUUCUAGCGCCGCCCGGGAUAUCACUGCACUUCACAUCGAUGGCAUGAGCGCUAGUUUUCUUAGCAAGUCUUCGUAUUCGCAAGUGAACGCUGAUCUGGCCUCUAUCAGCAUUAAAGAUCUCAAUCCUGUUUCCGUGUACAAGGAUAUUGUGGCGGUGGAGAGUACUGAGUCAUUGCAAAUCCAAGCGGUGAUGUACAACAUCGAGCAAUGUGAAGUGGACAAAAACAACAUGUCCGUCAAAGUGACGAUGGGUUGUCAUCGUAUCGUCUUUCUGAACGCAUUUGUCACCGGUGUCAUGAAUUUCCUAAACAACUUUCAAGCGGCGCAGAAAGCUAUUAGAGACGCGUCAGCGGCGGCAGCGGAAGUGGCGAAAACAAAUAUCAAGGAUGUUCAAGAGAGUGCCUCGCGCAUCGAGCUAAAUGUCAGGAUUAAGGCGCCCGUCAUAUACGUGCCGAUGAACUCUAAGAACGAGCAUAGUUUAAUGCUAGACAUGGGCAAUCUUAUGGUACGCAACGUCUUCAAAAAGCUAGACGUGACGACCGAGGAAGUUGACGAGCAUCCCAUAGUAGAAGAAAUGAAGAUCGAACUGCAAAAUUUGAAGUUAUCUCGAGUACGACUGAACAUGGAGAAAUUCACCAGCGAGAUCGAGGUGUUGCUGCUGGAACCGGUGACGUUCACGCUGUUAAUGAAGCGUAAUCUGUCUACCGCAUGGUUCAGCGCUAUUCCGGAUAUCGAUAUGUCUGGCAGAUUAAACAGAAUUAAUCUAUUAUUGAGUAAAGAGGACUACGCUACGAUUCUAAAAGUAUUGGAGCAGAAUCUAGGCGAGACUUUUGAAGACCCGAAACCCGUGCAGAUCGUACAAUCCGCCACAAAGGCUGAAAUAAGCGCAGAGAUUCAACCAGCGUACAAGUACGAGAUCGAUGCAACGCGAGAAGCUGGACCAUCAGCGGACAUGCAGGAGCGGCACGCUCACACGUCCGUGAAAUUCGAGUUUAUUAUGGACAGUCUGGUGAUCAAUCUUUUUACCGGCGGCUCCAAGCUACUGCAGUCGCAGACAUCGCCGCUGCAUGUGCCCGAGCACGGACUGGCGCGCUUCAGCCUUACACACUUUGCCGUGAAGGGUCGCGUAUUCGCGGACGGUCUACUGGCCACGUCAAUUCUGCUGAUGAACUGCACAUUGGACGACAUGCGGCAAAGCCGCGAGGGCUCGCUAGUACGGAUCAUGGAGAGGACUAGCAGCGUUCCGUUGUCGGGUGCGAGCGAGGAUCACCUCGACAAAGAGCACGCCAAGUACAAUACUAGAAGUAUGCUGGACGUAACGGUGCGCCAGAGUCCGAACGACACGUUUGCCGACGUUCGGGUGUUCUCCUUCAGCAUCAUCGUGUCCCUCGACUAUCUCAUGAAAGUCAAGGAUUUCUUUGAUGUGGACAUAGCAAACAAGACAGCCAUUACUUCCUCCGUGAAGAGUGAAUCUAUGAUACCAAAGAAGAAGCCAGUGCAACAGCCGCCCGCCUCGACACCCAAAAUGUUGACUGUGAAUCUACAUGUGGAGAAGCCGGAUAUUAUUCUGCUCGAAGAUAUGGACGACAUCAACUCGAACUGCAUUGUACUGAAUACGGAAUUGUUGCUGAAAGUGCGCAUUAUGGGAGAGCAUCAAGUGAUCACGGGCUCUAUUAAAGAUCUAUCGUUAUUGACGGGAAUAUACAAUCCUGCAAAGAGAGCCGACUGGAUUUAUCAGGUUUUGAAACCAUGCAGUAUUAGUGUAGCUGGUUCUACGCCGGAGAAUAAAGGGCUCCAUUUGGAGGUCCGUUGCACGGACAUACAUAUGUCCGUUUCUCCAGGUGUGAUUGAAAUAUUAAAUAAAGUUAUGCAUACGGUAACGAGAAAAGAGGAGGAAGACAAAGAAGUCGUUAAACCCGAGCCUAAUUAUGAAGGACUGUGGAUCGUCACGCCCUUUGAAGAGAAUAAUUAUUGGUUCUUAAAGACAGAAGUUGCAACGGAAGCACUCGAGGAGUUUAUGUACCCAGAUGAUGAAGUUAUGGCGACUUAUAAGCCCGAAUUGGCGAUUGUUUCGGCACCUACGAUCUUAUUCACCCUGGAGGCGGGUGUCGGCAACAAAACUCUGCCUAUGUUGCUACUUCAUGUGGGAUUCCAAAGUAGCAUUAACGAUUGGAGCACAAAAUCUAUGAGUAUAGACUGCUCGAUGUCGGUGGUUAUGGCAUAUUAUAACAGUCGCCUUGCACUGUGGGAACCGUUGAUCGAGCCGAUAGAAAGCACCGAUAACGGUAAACGCACCUCGACGCCGUGGGAACUGAAAACGAAGGUUCAAUUUAACGACAUAACGCUAGACUCUAAAGGUGCCAGCAUAGCCAGCCCCGCAUCGGAAAGCGAACCAGAAGAGCUACACCAGUCCACCAAGAUGUCCAUCGAUAUUACAUCUUCGGAUAAUCUGGAGAUAACUAUAACGAAGACGUGUUUGGAUGUAUUGAAACAACUCGGCCAGUCAUUUUCCUCGGCUAUGGAGGCGAAAGAACCCACCAGAAAAGUAGCGCCAUAUGUGCUGAAGAAUGAGACCGGCCUGGCAAUAAUACUCGAUUUGGAACACAGUCUCUUUAAGAUUUUUGAUGACGGAUCGAGAAUGAGGGACCACAAUGACUCUUAUAUGGAAGUGAUCCUUGAAAGCGGUGCAUCGAUAGAACUCGCACCGAAGUCAUCCAAGCUGGACACACGUCUUCUUGAGCAAUUGAAAGUAGAAACCGUGAAGGAUAGAGAAGAUAGUAAAUUCUCUAUAUCUUUUAAAGGUAUUCAAAGCAAAUUGGCGAUACCUGUGCUGAGAGCAGAUAGGAGAUUCUUUUCUUUGAAACACCGAAAAGAAGGCUCCGAGGAAUGGGGUAUUGUAUCAGAUGUCAUUGUAGAAGAGGGUAGCACGAUUGUCACUCUUCGAAGCAUUCUUCAGGUUCACAAUCACUUCGUGCAGCCGAUAUCCGUUUAUUACAUGACGAAGCGUGGAAAUGAGGUGGAAUGUGUGGGUACAGUGGGACCUAAUGAGAAGCUCAAUUUACCUCUGGACGCCGUAUAUACUUCAACAAAUAUUUACUGGCUGUUUUUCAGCGUUGAUGGAUAUAUGGUGUCACUCGAACCAUUUAUUUGGAAGGAUCUGCAGAAAACUAUUUCUAUGACGAAAUUAUUAAAAUGCGAUUCGCGAUCCAAGCAGGACACUGCGGAAAUAUUUUAUAUUCAGGCUGUGGGGGAAAUCGAACAAGUAUAUUUCGAGAAUACUACUCGUUACACUAUGGCUAGUACCGUCUACAAUGUGCACUUGUACCCAUCUGUAUAUCUGAAGAAUUUCUUGCCAAUCGACAUUAUUAUUUGUUUGCCUGGCACUACACAGGAAAGCUUGCUCGAAGCAAGUGCCUCGCUGCAACUUCCUACGAUCGAUCCAGCCAAGUCAAGUAUAAUAAUUAAGCUACCCAAUUAUCUGGAGAAAGAUUGGUCGUGCAAAGGCGAGAUUAUGACGAACCCGCCAGAAUUCGCUGUCUGGUCGUUCGAGUCUUUCGACAGCGUGCAAAAAGUGGUUCUCGAUCUCGGGAUGCAUACGUCUCACAAACACGGUUCGAUCAUCAUGGCACUGUACUGUCCCUUCUGGAUGCUAAACAAGACUGGUUUAAUGCUGUCCUACAGAAAAUCAAGUAAAGGUGGCAAAGAGCACUCGAGUUCGAUCAAGAAAUUCGUUUCCGCUAUGAAAUCCCACCGACCACGCGCACAGUACAAGAGGAGGAAAACGCGUGCGACAACAGAUGAUUAUCUGAAUGUUUUGUAUCAUCCGGAGCAUUUCAAAGGACCUAUUCUGUUCUCAUUUCGUUCCAAAGCCUUCUUCGGUAAAAAGAAGGCUAUGGUUAGAGUGGAGGACGGAGAAUGGUCCGACAAAUUUUCCAUUGACGUCGCGGGCAGCGAAGGUGUGGUGGCCUGCAAAUACAAUGGAAUGAUAUAUCAGAUCGGGGUGCACAAUCAACUGACAUACAACUCGUUGACCAAGCAGAUUACGUUCACGCCCUAUUAUAUACUUAUCAAUAACGCAGAUUUCCUCAUAGAGUGUCAGGAGGGCGAUCGACCGGCCGAUCCUAUAAUCAAAGUACCUGCCGAUGAAUGUACAGCUCUGUGGCCUCGAACAGAACAUGAGAACAAGACUUUGAAAGCCAAGGUCGCGGGUCACCCCGAAAAAACCGCGGCGUUUAUUUAUACCGAAAGCCACACAACUUUGCUGAAAUUGAAUAAUAAGUAUGGAGGAAUCAAUGUAGACGUGCAAAUCAGCGAAGGUGGCGUUUACAUCUCCAUGUCGGCCUACAGUCCAGGUUGCGCGCCAGCAUUGAUUAUUAACCAUACACCGUAUACCAUCAAUUUAUGGGAAAAAGGGUCGAUUAAUGUUAGAUCUGUGCAGUCAUAUAACAGGAUGUUUUAUACUUGGGAAAAUCCGGCGGGCCCACGAAAAAUGGUUUGGGAAGAUAACAAUGGCAAGGAAAUUGAGGGCAAUCUUCGCAAGGAUAAUCUUGGUACCUUUCAACUACCGGAAGUAGAUGAGAAAUUGUACUACGUUUCGUUCUUGGAUGGUACCCAGCGAGUGUUGCUGUUCACCAUGAAUUUGAAGAUCGCUGAGGAUUGCCAGCUGGCUGGUGAUCUGGAAGUGAUAGAUCAGGAAAUUACAUUGAACAUUCACGGCAUUGGAUUCUCCCUUGUAAACAAUAUUACCAAAUCUGAAUUGUUGUACAUGUGCAUUGCUAGUUCUGGAAUUAUAUGGGAAACACGCAAGUCCCUCGGUGGCCGAUGGCGAGCAUUAAAUGCCAAAGAAGUCAAUACCAUCGAAGAAGGAUACCAACGGUACAUUAGAGAAUUACAAAUCGGCAAAGAUGCAGAUUAUCGGAUGAUGUUGGAGCCAAAACUAAUGGUGGAUUAUUUAAAUAUGGAGAUGUUGAGGCCACAUCGUAGAUAUAUGCGACGCACGUUUCAAACUGGGCUUUGGCUGCAAUAUCGCACCUCGGCGCACCAAGUGCAGUUGCAUGCAAAGAUUAACAAGCUUCAAAUUGACAAUCAGUUGUCGGAGUGUGUCUUUCCAGUUAUAUUAGCUCCGAUACCACCGCCAAAGAGUGUCACACAGAGUACAGUUAUGAAACCUUUUGCGGAGCUCAGUAUGGUCAAGCGCUUAUUGGAACACAGCACUGUGCAACAAUUCCGAUACUUCAAGGUUCUCGUACAAGAGUUUCACAUUAAGGUAGACAUUGUCUUCAUAAAUGCGAUAAUGGGCCUGUUUGAGGCCAACGAGAUCAAUGACGCGGAAGAGAGUAUGCUAUUCCGCACAGACAUGAAACUAGUCAACGAACCGUUAAUGUACCACGUCAAUUUGGUCACCACGGCCGAGCAGAAGAACUUUUUUGAUCUGCUCCAUUUCUCACCUCUCAAGAUACAUAUUAGCUUCUCAAUGACCGGAAGCGGAGGAGGACCUUCCGCGUUACCGCAAGUACUUAACGUGCUACUGCAAGGAAUUGGCGUAACACUAACGGAUAUCAACGACAUUGUAUUCAAACUGGCAUACUUUGAAAGAAACUGCAUAUUCAUGACGCACAAGCAGCUCAUCUCUGAGGCGAGCACUCAUUACGCGGGCCAGGCGAUCAAGCAGGCGUACGUACUCGUGUUGGGACUCGAUGUGAUCGGUAAUCCAUACGGGCUUGUGGUCGGAACCAUGAAGGGCAUCGAGGACCUGUUCUACGAACCCUUCCAAGGGGCCAUACAAGGUCCAGGGGAGUUCGCGGAGGGCCUGUUCCUCGGGGUGCGCAGCAUGUUAGGCCAUACCGUCGGCGGAAUGGCGGGCGCUGUAUCGAAGAUCACAGGCGCGAUGGGCAAGGGUAUAGCUGCUCUGACCUUUGACAAGGAUUAUCAGCGAAAGAGGCAAGAACAGCUUAUCAAACAGCCCGCCAACUUACAAGAAGGUCUCGCACGAAGCGGAAAGGGUUUAGUAAUGGGUGUAGUCGAUGGUGUAACAGGUGUGGUAACGAAACCCUUGUCAGGGGCGAAGGAAGAAGGAGUGGAGGGAUUUUUCAAAGGGUUUGGAAAGGGCGUUGUUGGACUUGUUACUAGGCCUACCGCUGGUAUUGUCGAUUUCGCAAGUGGUUCCUUUGGAGCUGUCAAACGAGCCACUGAGCUGAGCGAAGAAGCAAAACGAGUGCGAUCGCCCAGAUUUUUGCAACCGGACAGUCUUGUUAGACCAUAUAUAAAGGAUGAAGCGGAUGGCAACAAGAUAUUAAUGGAAUUGGAGAAGGGAAAAUAUGCGCACACGGACGUUUAUGUUUAUCACGUGUUUAUCAACAAAGAUGUGCUGUUGCUCACCGACAAAAGAUUAUCAUACCUCGAACACAGUGAUUUGUUUGGUGGCUGGCGGAUUGACUGGACUCACACAUGGACCGAGUUAAGCGAAACGGUAAAAGUCGUAGAAAAAGGUGUACAGAUUUUUAUUAAGGACGCUAAUAGAAAAAAGAAACUUGGUGGUUUAUUUGGCAGUGCGGAUCAAUCAAAAAUACUUUUAAUACCGGACCAUAAUAUUAAACAGUUGUUGCGCAGUAAAAUACAGGAUCAGAUUAAUCAAUUUAGAGUAUAACGCAGCGACGCACAAACGUGGGAAAAAGCUUUCUCGAGCAAUUUCGAGCUGUAGAAAACAAGAAAAAAAAGACAAACGCGAACAAACAAGUUACUUCCGGAACGCUUCACAAGCGAGUUCGCACAAUUUCUAUGCACAUUUUCUACAGACACUUUUUAUAAGACUGAUACUGCGUAAUUUGCAAAACAAUUGGAAAAAGAGAUGUUAAUUAAGUACCAACAAAUUGUGACAUAUUGGAUCUUUUUUAUUUUUAUUUUUUACCACGCAGUUGGUCAGAACUUUCUUGUGUUAUCGGUAUUAUUACCGAACGAGCAGUGUUAGAUUGGUGCAAAAGAUUUUUCGUAUUUAUUUAUAAAAUUGAAAACAAAAUAUCGUAGCUUUGAAAUAAGAUAAUUAAACAUUGAUUUGCGUACAAAAAAAUUAUUUAGCAAACCUCGUUUUUCGAAAACUUAUCGAUUAUAAUUUAUAUAUUAAUAUAAAUGUAACUUUAUAGAGAGAUCUUCUGUAUCAAACCAACAACUGCAAUAUAGAAAUCAAAAAUAAGAGAAUAAUGUUUUCGAAUUUAUCUUUAUACAGCUACGCUUCGUUUAACAUGAUCGAAACGAGUAAUUUUAGUCAUAUGAGAGUUACCAUUUCCAUCAUAUCGUUAAGAGAGCUUAGGUUUACUACGAAGUAAAAUCGAGCGAAAAUAAUUUUAAGAUACAAUACAGUAAACUGUAUACAACAAGUUGAAGUAAAACGAAACGACAGAAAAAUUAAACUCAUUUUGACAAAAAUUAUAAAUUAGCAGUACAAUAAAAUUACAAUGAAUUCCUACGUACUUGUUGAAGUAUUAUGCAGAUUUUUUUAUAAAAACCCGGUGAACCGGUAUUGUUUUAUAUCUGUAGAAAGUUAAAGUUUAUCACACACUGCGCUAACAUUGCUGCAUUGUUAAUUACAUUGUAACUUUAGUGAUACGUAUGUUAAUCAAGUAACGCUUAAUUAUCUUCCUAAUAAUCCAGCCUGAUGACAUUCAGUGGAAAUAUUAAGAAGUUUGCUACAAAUACCAUUGACGUAUUAAUUAGACGCAUUGUUGAAAUGUAAUAAAUUUUAUUAUCGAGUUUUAACGCCUAUACGAUUAUCCAUCGGCGAUACUGCUACCUCGUUUUAUUUUCUUUAACGCGCUAGUAACUAUUAAAAUUAUAAUAAACUAAUAAAAAGGCGCUAAAGAGAGUUAUUUAAAUUGUAUAAUAAUUGUAUAAUUAAUGUGAUCGAUCAUUUUAACUAUCUUUCUACGCGAUUUCUUGAAAAGUUAAGUUUUAAAGCCAAAGCAAAUGUAUUUAGAGCUAAUUUCAAAACUUAUUAAUUAUAUGUGUAUAGUGUACACUGUGUUCUUAUUAUAUAUUUACUUAAUUUAACUUAACUAUUUUUCUGUUUGCGCAACACUUAAUAAUAAAAUUAUUACAAAUA